ACGGGCUAAAGAUGGUUUUAUCAAUGUCUGCAAUAUGUUUUUGCAUAAUGAUAACUUCAGGAGCCGAGAUUGCUGCAAACGCUGAUAAUACAAUUGAAGCUACAAAUCCUCAACCUUCAAACAUUCAACAUACAGUUGCAAAACGAGCGUGGCAACAAUUACAAAGUGGCUGGGGAAAACGAAAUUCUGAAGACGACCAACAAAGUGAACCAAUUGAUGAUUUACAUCGCCAGAUUAUGAAGAUUUAUUCUGACCAGCUGUUGUCCAAUAAAAUUGAUGAUGAUGAUGAAUAUGUUCCAGAAGAAUACGACAUGCCGAGUGAGAAGAGGGCUUGGAAGUCAAUGAGUAAUGCAUGGGGGAAGCGCGACUGGAGUCAAUUACGUGGAAACGGUUGGGGUAAGAGAGCACAAGGAUGGAAUAAACUUUCGUCUGCUUGGGGGAAAAGAAAUCCUGGCUGGAACAAACUUUCAUCAGCUUGGGGAAAAUAAACAUCCUGAUGAUUUCUGUCCAUUGUUCAAUUGAUAGCAAAAAUUAUAUGAUUCAUCUUUAAUCAUAAUAUUAAGCUUCGUCAUCUCUCUCUCCCUCUCUCCCUCAACAUAUUAUUUUCUUGUUUUUGGAAUCAAAUGUGAAUAGUUAUGAGAAUGUUAAAUAUAAAUAAAAAAGGAAAAUUCGUUUGAAGAUUUCUUGUAUAAUAAUCAAGCAUCACUAUAGAUAUUAAAAUCAAACAGCAAAUACAUUAUAAUCGAAAGCAAAAUAACCAC